UACCGAUAAUCCUAUUUUGUAUUGAAUUGUCUAACUUGGAAUGUUUUAAAUGCUUCAAAGCGUGGGAUGACAAUUCUAAUUUUGCCAUCAAGCAUCACCAUCGAAAGGGUUUCUUACAUAGGUAAACAAGGUAUUUCCGAGUCAAGUUCUUCUAUUCUACGUCAACUGGCCGAGCACACCAUAUUGUACACAUCGUACUAUCUCGCUCUUUCUUGUCCAGUCGAACAUGCGAGGAAAGUCUCAGCUAUAUUUUUUUCCCAUUCCUGUUACCGACUAGAGUACUAUAGUUAUUCAGAAAGGUGCCUCUGAUUACUCAUUACGCACGGCUAUCUACCGUUGGCCAGUACUUGGCAUUCAGCCUGAUGGCUCUCGGCCCGCCAGGGAACCCACCCAAUGUUCGAUCGCAGGAUGAGCGGCAGCGUGUGAUCUUGGGGCUGAGGCGAUGGGCAGAGGACUUUGAGACGACAUUGAGAUCUAUUGCCCGAGACGAGCGAUACGCUCCGAGCAGCUCAAGCUCCGGCUCGCUGUAUGCGCCGACGACUUAUGCAGGCAACAGCCGGUCACCGCGCGUGCCUCGAACAAGACUCAAACGCUGGGCUCAGGAAGAGGACCGUCCAGAUGUGCAGCCAAGAUUCAAGGACCGAGACGACGAGUCUUCGUCGGAUGAGUCCUCGCCUCCGACGCCGGACAGCCCGACACCGUCUGAGCCGCGGUCGAGUAGUCAGAGCCAAGGCCCACGGCGCAGCCAGCGCAUUCUGGGGCGAGCGCCGCGCGGGGAAGCUUCACAAGAGCGACAGUACUGCACACAGCGAUGCCUUCUAGGACUAGUCAGAAAAGGUCGCCUUGACGCAAAGUGUCCCAACAUUCUCUUACACCGGCAGGCUAAGCUACAGCUGCUGAUCAUCUGA